GGUGUUACCACACAAAGCUGUUCAGUGAUAGACAAUACUGAACUAUUCAUAAGACUGUACUUUGUUUUACUUUUCAGUGCUUCUGCUGCACAGUUGAACUCCUCCUGUAACUGUGAUCCAUAAAUCGUCUUGCCUUUAAUCACCGGACGAAUCAGACGAGAGCUGCAAGUUGGGCGCAACUUUGAAUUCUGUGCUGGCUUGCGUCAGUUGACGUUCUCUAAAUAUCAUAGUUUAACUGGGACCAGGGUUUACUGUUAGGUGAAGUUAAUACGACGAGUUUCAACGGAACAGAUGAAGCUUUUAGAGACUUUUGUCAAAAGCGCAUGGAUGAGGAGGAUAACCGACAGGACAACAACUGAGCCAAGAAAAUCCGUUCACUCUUUAGUCUAGGCUGCAACUGGACAGAGACCUUAAGUUGAUGUUGAUAAGAUACGGUCACACAUUCUUCUUUAAUCUCAGUGCUUUAAGCUGCUUUGUGUUCGAUCCGCUGCCCACGCGCGCAGUUCAAAGCGCGUCUCGAUGCGCGUAAUUGUUUUACUCAAUCGGAUUGAAGGGUUCGGUCCAGUGCGUGGUGCCCGUCCGAACUGGACAAUUGGACAUUUAAAUAUCUUCAGUUUUCCUGUCACAUCUUAAUAAAUGGGGAGCCUGGAUAAUUUUUCUCUAAGGGAUUGUGCAUUCUGUUAAACUCAUACCGCACCACUUGUUUUGAAAUCGGUAGACUACAUCUUAAACAAGAUGUUCAUCUUAAACAUGAUACUUUUGAAACUGGUUCUUCCACUGAUGUCCAUCGUUUUGACACGAGGUGUUCAUGGUCAAAUGGUCCAGAUGGACAGCAGUAAGUCAGGAUUUGUGGGCACACAGGUAGAGCUACGCUGUCAGUUUGUCAACAGCAACCCACCUGUAAAAAUCUCACAGGUCACCUGGCAGAAGCUUGUCAAUGGCACCAAGCAGAACAUUGCCAUUGCCAAUCCAGCCCUGGGGGUGUCGGUACUGAACCCCUUCAAAGAGCGUGUGCGUUUCAAGAACCUGGCCAUCCGCCAGCCCACGCCAUCCCUGGAGGACACCACCAUAGUCUUCAACAAACUAAAAUUGUCGGAUGAGUCGACCUACAUCUGCGAGUACACAACCUUCCCAGCUGGCAACCGGGAGAACAUGGUUAAUCUCACUGUUUAUGCUCGCCCUAUGAUCCAGAUGAGUCUUUCCACACCCUCCAUAGUAGCGGGAACCAAAGAUCUGAAGAUGACUGUUGCCACGUGCGUUUCUGCCAAUGGGAAGCCACCCAGUGUGAUAACAUGGGAAACUGAUUUAGAUGGAGAAUCGAACACUCUGGAGAUACGCAACCCUGAUGGGACAGUCACUGUGCGCAGUGAUUACUUGGUGGUUCCCAGUCGAGAAAUACACCAACAGUUGCUCACCUGCAUCUCCACAUAUAAUGACGAACAAUACACAGACAGUGUGACGCUCAACAUUCAGUAUGAACCAGAGGUAAUAAUAGAGGGCUUCGAUGGGAACUGGUAUUUGAACAGAGAAAACGUUCAGCUCACCUGCUUGGCUGAUGCCAACCCACCCAUCUCUUUGUUUCAGUGGAGAUACUUGAAUGGAACUAUGCCGAGUAAAGCAGAGCUUCGCGAUAAUGUGCUAAUCUUUAAAGGUCCCGUAACUUAUGACAUCGCUGGCACAUACAUCUGUGACGCCACCAACAGCAUUGGGACAGGCUCUGCGUCUGUUGAGAUCAUUGUCACAGCAGAGAAUCCCCAGCCACUGAGCACCUCACAGACGGUGAUGGGUGUCCUUGGAUGGGUGAUUGCUCUGGGCAUCAUACUCAGUAUAGCUGGCACAAUAUAUCUGGUCAAAAAACAACAGCGGCUCAAACACACAGGGUCAGACAAUGACUCAGAUAGUUCUUUUCCUGCCCACAAAAAGCCUUCUUCAUCUAAAAAGAGGGCAACUGAUGACUUCCAGAGCCCCGGGAGGUUCUACGAUGAGCUCCCAAACACGGCCGACUAUGUGAGUUACCGUUUGGCAUGUAACAAAGAGGAUUAUCUGGAGCAACACUCUCCUCCCAUUCAACCUCCCUUGACCUUCCUGCCCCAAAAUCCCUACACUCAGCACGGUAACAAGACAGCCAUAUUCACGUACCCCACACCCCCCGGCCCAGUCUCUUCAUACACCUUCCCGAAAGAACAGUAUGUAUAAAUACAUUUGUGACCUGUCUCUUUUUGUCUUUCUUCAAUUGCUCUGGUCAUUUUGUAGCUACUUUUUUUUUAUUGUGUUCUUUCUGAAUAGAUCUUUAAAAAAUUAUAUUAUUCUCCAAGCAGAAUUUGAUUUGCAUGCAUUUUUUUAAUUUUUUGAUAAUAAUAUUAAUAUAAAACGUCAUUGUCUUAAAGUAGGUCAGUGGUUUAAUCAGUCUGGACACCCCAUUUAUAACAGGCCCAUAUUGUGUAUUGUAUUCUGUACAAUUAUGCAUCACUCCAUUGUUUUAUGUCAUUUCUGAACAGGUCUUUUUGCUGCUUUCGUAAUAGUAAAUUUGCGACAAUAACAUUGUAGCAGUAAAAAUAUAUUUCCUUAGCUAAAUUCUUAAAUAUAAUUAAAAUAAUGA